AAAGAUUACCUCGCCAUCAAGCUCGUGUCUUGCAGGUCUCUUUCUACUUGGGUUUGCUCCUUACUCUAGAACUGAUUAGCUUCAUGGAUGAUGGUCUUGGGAAGAUAAAGGUUAUUCCAGAUCAUUUUAAGGCGUCCCCACCCAGUGUUGAUUCUUCUCAAAAAGUAACUUCACCUAUUUCACGUCCAAGAACAGAUAAUUGCUUGAGGUCUCAUAGCUGGAGUCGAAGAAAAUUAAGAACUGCUGCACACAUGUUGAAGUUGAACUUUUUUAGUCUAAGGGGGCUACCAUGGGGUUCUAGCACAGAUGGUGAAGAAAAGGUUGAGCUAUCUGCUGUAGAACUAGAAUCACUUCGAACGGAGCUUGCUGAUAUAGAAGAGAGGGAAGCUCACUUGAAAGCUCAAUUGGAACACGUUGACGAAAUUCUGCGAUCUGCUCGUCUCUCUGGCUAUUUGUACAUUCGAACUAGGUGGACAGCAUUACCAGGAGAACCUCCUCCCCUUGAUGAUUCUGAUGUUGAUGACUGGCUUCCACGCUUUGUUGUCUUACAAGGGACCUGCAUGUUCUUCUAUUUGUUAUCCACAGAUAUAAGUCCUCAAGACUCCACCCUAUUAUCUGAUAUUGUUGAAAUAGGUCCCUUGCCAAGCUUUACACGAGAUGAUGAAGGAACUCGAUAUGCAUUUUAUAUUUUAACACGUCAAGGACUGCGGUACGAGUGCUCUAGUGUUUCUGAGAUACAGUUGAAUUCCUGGUUGGCUGCAUUACGAAUUGACUGCAAAUUGGACAACUCUCAGCUUUUCAGAUCCGCUUCCAGAGCUGCCAGGUCCUUCCUCUCUGCUCCCAAGUCCUCCCGCUUCUUCUCCGAAGGACAAGCUGUAGCUACUGCGGCAGCUGUAACCUUGCGUGGAAAGGUGCCUGCCUUUGCUUCACAUUUUAGAAGAGCUGGUUCUGAAAAUGCAUCUUGGAUUUCAGCAGCCCUCGUUGUUCCUGCUGCAGCUUACAUGCUCCUGGACCAGGAGGUUCAUGCUGCAGAGUUUGAGCGCACAUUCAUUGCUAUCAAGCCUGAUGGAGUUCAAAGAGGACUAAUUUCAGAAAUCAUAGCUCGAUUUGAAAGGAAGGGUUUCAAACUUGUAGGCAUUAAAGUAGUUGUUCCUUCAAAGGAUUUUGCGCAGAAGCAUUAUCAUGAUCUAAGUGAAAGACCAUUUUUCAAUGGCCUUUGUGACUUCCUUAGCUCUGGCCCUGUUAUUGCUAUGGUCUGGGAAGGAGAAGGAGUGAUCAAGUAUGGCCGUAAACUCAUUGGAGCUACUGACCCACAAAAAUCAGAACCUGGAACUAUCAGAGGUGAUCUAGCUGUAGUUGUUGGAAGAAAUAUCAUUCACGGUAGUGAUGGUCCCGAGACUGCCAAAGACGAAAUCAACCUGUGGUUCAAACCAAAUGAGUUGGUUAGCUACACCAGCAAUUCAGAGAAGUGGUUGUACGGAAACAACUAGUGACAGUUUUUUGUUUUCUAAGAUCUUCCGGCGACUUAGGUUCCACAUGAAGAGUGGGGGAAAGUAGAGAUUAUUGUUAGAAUAAAAUGUUUUCAUUGAGGUGAGUUGAAAUUGCUGCUUUUCAAUGAAUACAAUUCUCAAUUAAAUUUCAAAUAAUCCAGAUUUGGUUGCCUCAGUUAUGUUUCAUUUUGGUUGUGCUGGGUUGGUAGUACUUGGACUUGAGGUUGAGGGGAACUAACUAGCCAGUAUGUGUCAUGCCUGUGUAACUGUGUUCUCUAACUUUUAAGAGCCAAAGAACGCUUGUUAUGGCCACAGAAAGAAUUGGAACAUUCACAAGUCACUUCUGAUUAGAUAGAAAA